CCAAGUACCAGAAUUUAAGUAUUUAUGGGCAUUAAUUUACAUGAAUAUAUUUGUCAUAAUUCCUCGAUCAGUUGGAUGUCGAUAAUUCUUGAUUGCAGUUUGAGACUUUUGGUUACUGUCCUUACACUCAUCUCGUCUACACUUGUACUCUUUGAAGGAACUGGUAUUCAAGCACAAGGCGGAUAUCUUCCUCCAGAAGAAGUGGAUGCUCUUCGUGAAAUAGCAGAACAAGUGGGCUGCUCCUUUCCUAACAAUGUUUGUCACGUUGUUUCCUUAAAUCUCAAGGGGCAGGAUCUUGAUGGUAUUCUUCCACGGUCCAUGGCAAAGUUACCUUACAUCAAGACCAUUGAUCUGGCUCGUAAUUAUCUAAGUGAAACCAUACCACGUGAAUGGGCUUCAAUGACCACGCUCGAGUUCUUGUCUGUUUUCGUGAAUCGAUUGUCCGGAGGAAUUCCAACAUAUUUGGGCAACAUAACAUCACUGCGAUAUAUGAGUCUGGAGAGCAACAUGUUCUCUGGAACUGUUCCACCUGAGCUUGGAAAACUAGAAAAUUUAGCAACCCUGGCCCUUAGCGCAAAUAAUCUAUCUGGCGAGUUACCCGUGGAGCUCAAUAACCUAACCAAUUUGAAAGAACUCCGCCUAAGUAGCAACAACUUCACUGGAAAGCUCCCAAGCCUUGAGAGCUGGAGUCAUCUUGAGAAACUAGAGAUCCAAGGUAGUGGUCUAGAAGGACCAAUACCGGAAAGUCUUUCCUUCUUGAGCAAUUUAACAGAACUACGAAUUUCUGAUUUAAGUGGCGAGGGCUCACAUUUUCCAAAUUUGAGUAGGUUGACAAACAUGAGUUUGUUGGUAUUGCGAAGCUGUAACAUAACUGGGAUGAUUCCAGAUAAUAUAUCAAAUAUGUCCCUGUUGAAGCAUCUAGAUCUCAGUUUCAACAAGCUGAAUGGUGAUAUACCAGACGUAAGUCGACUGAAUCUGGAAAAAAUGUAUCUGACAGGUAACUCCCUAAAUGGAAGUGUUCCUACGUGGAUCAGAAAUAAAGAUGUUAAACUUGCAGUAGAUCUUUCCUACAACAACUUUAGUGAAAAAAUUGUGCCAUCACCAUCAGUUUGUGUUGGAAAUCUGAACUUAUAUAGAAGCUACUCUAGUGGGAAUAACUCAGACCUUGGAAAGUGUCUUAGCAGCCGUCCUUGCUUGCAGAACUACUCUUCAAUCCAUAUCAAUUGUGGUGGGCCAGAAGCUACCAUUGGAAAAAAGACUUAUCAAGCAGAUGAGGAUCCAGAGAUAAUUUUCAGAAAUAAUCGAUCUUACCAGAGUCUUGGAAGACGUGCUUUUGAUGUUUAUGUCCAGGAGGUAAAUCAAUUCAAGAACUUUGAUAUCAAGAAUGAAGCUGGUGACGUUGAUAAACCUAAAAUAACCAUAAUAAAAAAUAUUCGUGUAACUAAUGGAACAUUAGAAAUCCGGUUCCAGUAUGCUGGGAAAGGUACAGCAUUCGUUCCUGAUAAGGGAGUGUUUGGGCCUCUGAUAUCUGCCAUUUCUAUGGAGUCCGAAUUCAAGGUUCAAAAUCAUGGUAAAAACUAUACAUAUGUUGCCAUUGGAGUGGUGGCUGCAGUGUUGUGCCUCAGUCUCAUAAUUUUUGGCAUCGCUUGGAAGAUGGGUUAUAUAAGGAACAAAAACUCAAGAGAAAAAGACCUAAGAGGAUUGGAUUUGCAGACUGGUGUAUUUAUAUAUAGACAAAUCAAGGCUGCCACUGACAAUUUUGCUGAUUCAAAUAAACUUGGCGAGGGAGGUUUUGGAUCCGUCUACAAGGGUACACUAUUAGAUGGAACUCUAAUCGCUGUGAAGCAACUCUCUUCCAAAUCAAAGCAAGGAAAUCGCGAAUUUGUGAAUGAAAUAGGCAUGAUAGCCGGCAUACAACACCCUAAUGUUGUAAGGCUACAUGGGUGUUGUGUGGAACGCAAGCAACUACUGCUUGUUUAUGAGUACAUGGAGAAUAACUCUCUAGCACAUGCUCUAUUUGAGCAGUAUAACUAUAAGUUGGAAAUUGAGUGGCCUACAAGACAAAGAAUUUGUGUGGGCAUUGCAAAAGGCCUGGCUUUCCUGCAUGAGGAGUCGGUGUUAAGAAUGGUUCAUAGGGACAUCAAGGCGACAAAUAUUCUCCUAGAUGCUGACCUUACUCCAAAGAUCUCAGAUUUUGGUUUAGCAAGGCUUGAUGAAGAAGAGAACACGCACAUCACGAAUAGAGUUGCCGGAACUAUAGGGUACAUGGCACCAGAAUAUGCAUUAUGGGGAUUCCUGACCUACAAAGUAGAUGUAUACAGUUUUGGGGUUCUUGCACUGGAAAUCGUUACCGGAAAGGACAAUAUGAGAUAUACGCCACAUGAAGAUUGCUUUUGUCUUCUUGAUUGGGCUGUGGUUCUGAAACAAAAGGGGAAUUUGAUAGACUUGGUGGACCCACGAUUGGGUUUCGACUUCAACAAAAGAGAGGCACUGAGGAUGAUUGAAAUUGCUCUAUUAUGCACUAAUGAGUCCCCAACUCUUAGGCCUAUCAUGUCUAAAGUAGUUAAUAUGUUGGAAGGCCAUACCGAAAUUGAGGAACCAACUAUGAAUGUGAUAACAUCUAAAGACAAAGUCGGGUUUCAAGCACUUGCUGAGAAGUUUGAAGGGAUGCAGUCACAUGAGUUUGAUCAAACAGAUACAUCUAUUAAUCCAACAUCUUCCAGUUCAAAUGACACCUAUUUCGAUAGUCAAAUUUCUCAAACAUAUUGACUCGUUUCGCAUAAGCACCUUUUGCAAUGGAGUUGCUAGUAUACUAGUCAAGUUCUGUACACUAUUAUAAAUCAACCAGAAUGUACUGGAAAAUUCUACCAAUAAUUGUUAGAGAAAGACAUUGAAGACAAAAGAUUAUUUUGAUUGGUUCUAUGUGCGGGAAACAAAAACUUCUAUUAAUUACACACUACCAUACAUUUAGUACGAUACGUACACACAUAUAUAAGGCAGCAACCAAUGCAGCCUAUUGAAGGAACCGAUGUACCCUUUGAGAAAGACGCCCCUUCAAAUCUUCAAGGCAGCUCUACAAAGUCACUGAUUCAAAGCCUUGGUUCAUACACUUAAAUGACAUAUAGCUGCUAUAUAACAACUAUACUUAAUAGUUAUUGAUCUAUUUUCCCUUGUCUAGCUUAUAUCUUUCAACAUUCCCCCUUAAACUAGACUAGAAAAUCGCCAAGCUUUUUCUUCAACUUAUUGAGUCCAAACUUUUUCAAUGAAGACAUAAAGCCCAAAAUCAAAAACCUUUAAUGGUGAUGCAUUAUAUUCACUAACUACCAAGAUGUUGGGGGUGCAAACCCAAUCCCACAUCAGUCAAAAGGGAAACCAGAUGCUAGCAUAUAAGGCAAUGAUUAAUCCUUUCUAUUGCCAAUUGGUUUUAGAAAAUGGAACCUCGUUGUUAUUAUAUGUUGAGCAUGGUUGGGCUAAUAUCGGUCCUAAGAAGUGGUAUUAAAGCUACGGUCGUAGCCCCGAUGAUGAGUGUGGUGCAGGUGGCACAAUCCCUAAUGGUCCCCAGUCUAAUGACGUCGAUCCUGAACCCUUGUAUUGAAAGUCUUCUCGAUGGCAACAUGUGGCGUAAUCCCCAAUGGUCCCAGUCUAACGACGUUGAUCCUAAAGCCUUGUAUUGAAAGUCUUCCCGAUGGCCAUGUCAGGUGAGCUUGUUCCAAGAGUAUAUCAGCGAUAUGAAAAAGGAUUGGAUCAGAUGAACAGUCCUUGGAAAGGAGGCUAUAUCGGUAAAAAGAGAAACCAUAUACUAGAUAUAAGGCAAUGGGCAAUCCCUUCUAUUGCCAAUUGGUUUUAGAAAAAGGAACCUCGUUGUUCUUAUAUGUUGAUCAUGGUUGGGCUAGUAUCGAUCCUAACACAAGAAAUUCUCAUGCUCCAAUCUUCAUUCAAUCUUUUAUAGUCCAGUUGUUAAACAUGUGUACCAUCUUUGUACCAUACUUGAAACAAACAUCAUGCUUACCAAAAUCUUUUCACUUAGCCUCAAACACAAUGAAUAAAAAGCCUUUUCCUUUUUUUUCUCUAUAAAAAGAGGUUCAAACUUUCUUUCACAC